AUGGCUAUUCGCCGCGGACGAACGCGUCGGUUGUUUGUUAACGAAGCCGUGCAGACGCUCGAAUCCCGAAAGGACGGAGGUUUGCGGAAGUCAAAUGAAGAUACAGAAUGGCUGGACACUUCGAGUCCGACGGAGUCAAGGGAAGGGAACUGGCUCGAAGAGAAAAGGGCCUCUGUCGGACAAAAAAGAGGAAUCGUGAAAUGA